ACGUGAACGUGCUCCAUUCUCUGGUGGAAACAGAGAAAGAAAGACGUUUUAAUUUCGUGCAAAGAACUGUUUUUGUGAAAAAUCUCAACAAACAUUUUACUUUCUGUUUAAACGAUGCAUUGAUUUUGCUUAAUAGUUCUCGUGGGUGCCCUUGGCCGUAUCAGUGAUCAUUUAAAUAGUGCAAAUCGGUUCCGAAACGAUGGCCAAUGCAAAUCGCUUCACUUCGCCCACGCCUUCGGCCGCUGCUUCAUUGGUUGGUCCGAGCAGCAGCACUUCUUUGGCAUCCGGACCAACGCCGGGACCCUCGCCGAGUGCGGCCAACAAAUGGAAACGGAUGCUCGAGUGCGACGAAUUCGUUGGGGCCCGGCGAUCGAAGCAUACGGUGGUGGCCUACAAGGAUGCGAUUUACGUCUUUGGAGGGGACAAUGGCAAAAACAUGCUGAACGAUUUGAUCCGAUUCGGAGUGAAGGAUAAGUCGUGGGGAAGGGCAUUCUCCACGGGAACACCACCGGCUCCACGCUACCAUCACUCAGCGGUCGUCCACGGAACGUCGAUGUUCGUUUUCGGAGGUUACACCGGGGAUAUCCAUUCCAACUCCAAUCUGACGAAUAAGAACGAUUUGUUCGAGUAUAAUUUCCAGAACGGACAAUGGACCGAGUGGAAGUUUGUCGGAAGGACCCCCGUUCCGAGAAGUGCUCACGGUGCCGCGGUUUACGAUAACAAGCUGUGGAUCUAUGCCGGAUACGACGGUAAUGCCCGGUUGAACGAUAUGUGGACGAUUCGGUUGACCGGAGAAACCCAUCAGUGGGAAGAGGUCCAGCAGAAGGGGGAUCGUCCUCCGACGUGUUGCAACUUUCCGGUGGCCGUGGCGCGAGGUUGCAUGUAUGUUUUCUCGGGCCAGAGCGGACUGCAAAUUACGAAUACGCUGUUUCAGUUUAAUUUCAAGGAUAAGACCUGGCGACGUAUCUCAAACGAGCACAUCUUGAGAGGGGCACCACCGCCGCCAGCACGGCGGUACGGCCACACUAUGGUUCAUCACGACCGGUUCUUGUACGUUUUUGGAGGGGCAGCGGAUUCCACUUUGCCGAACGACUUGCAUUGCUACGAUUUGGAUUCGCAGGUUUGGUCAACAGUCAUUCCGGCGCCGGAAUCUCAGGUCCCAAGUGGUCGUUUGUUCCACGCUGCAGCAGUUAUCGGCGAUGCCAUGUACAUCUUUGGCGGAACGAUCGACAACAAUGUCCGCAGUGGAGACAUGUACCGGUUCCAGUUCUCCAGCUACCCGAAGUGUACCCUGCAGGAUGAUUUUGGAAAGUUUCUGCAGAACCGUCAAUUUUGCGACGUGCAGUUUGUGGUUGGCACGGACGAGGUCAAAGUUCCGGCACACAUUGCAAUGAUCGUGGCGCGAUCACAGUUCUUGAGAUCGAAAAUAUUAGCGGCUCGAGAUGCUAGAAACCUGCAUUUUGAGAAACUUUUCGGUACCACGGAGGUUCCCUUUGCCGAACGUCCCAUACUUGAAGUUCAGUUGCCCAAUGCACAACCGGAGGCUUUUGAAAUGGUUCUUAACUACAUUUACACGGAUCGAAUUGACUUUAAGGAUCCGUUCUGCAACAAAAUUGUGCUACUCAUGAUGGACGUCUAUCAGCUGGCCGUACAAUUUUACAUUCCCAGAUUGGAGCAGCUCUGUGUGCAGUACUUGGAGUUCAAAAUUUCCAAAACCAAUGUCCUGGAUGCUCUCUACAAUGCUGACCGAAUGGGUCUUACCCUGAUCAAGGACCAUUGUCUUGGUUUCAUCACCAAAGAGGAUCACUUCUACGACAUCGUCAUGUCGCCGGAGUUCGCUGCACUUGAAAAGCCACUGAUCGUGGAAAUCAUCCGCAAACGUUUGAAUCCCAGUAAACAUUCCACCGAUAUGAAGUACGACAAAACAAUAGGAACAUCUCUGGAAAACGAUAUGGCUGUGUUUCUGAAAUCCGGUGGAAAGGAAUUCUGCGACAUCAAUUUGGUUCUCGAAGGCAAAGUUAUUCCAGCGCACAAAUCGAUUCUGGCCGCCAGAUGCACGUACUUCCAGGCCAUGUUCCGCUCGUUUAUGCCAGCCGAUAACACCGUCAAUAUUCAAAUCGGUGACAUCUCGCCAUCCCAAGAGGCGUUCAGCUCUCUCCUGCGCUACAUCUACUAUGGCGACACGAAGAUGCCUCCGGAGGACUCGUUGUAUCUUUUUCAGGCCCCCUGUUUCUACGGAUUCACCAACAACCGACUGCAGGCCUUCUGCAAGCACAACCUAGAGAACAACAUCACGUACGAUAACGUGCUGCAAAUCUUGGAAGCGUCCGACAAAAUGAAUGUCCCCGACAUCAAGAAUUAUGCCCUACGCAUGGUGGUGCACAACUUUUCCCAGGUCGCACGGUUACCCAAGAUGCAGGAAUUGACACGGGAACUUCUGCUGGACGUGAUCAUGGCCGUGGCCGAAACCAAGGGGGAUAGCAAACGCAUCAGCCACGAUUCGACCUUCAUCAGUCUGUAUAGUGACAUUUGAAGGAUAGCAUUUCUACAGCCGGUUCUGAGCAUCCUGCUGGCGUGGUUGCGGAACAAUAACGAGCUGCCCUAAGAUCAGUAUUUUCUGAUAGCCUCUUGGUCGCCAAAAUUCUCAUUACGAUCGAUAAGCACAAAAGUUUUUCAAAUUUACCCAUAUUUAAAAAUAAUCGUUCAUAGUACCUUUAUUCUCAUUAUCAAUGUUCUAGAUGUGAUUGGCUUUAGAGUAGACCAAAACUGCAAAAACGUACUCAAUUGUUAGUUCAAACAGAUUUCUAGUUCUUAUCUAGAUUUCGAAACAAAAUUACCAACACUAUCGUACAAGUUGAAAAAUGGAACUAUAUUAGUGUUAAAUAUAUUCAACUUUUAUUAUAAUCUAGAUGAUGAAAUAAAGAAAUAUCCAUAACAAAUCCAAAUG